AUGAGUCCACUUCCGCUGCUCGCUGCUCCCCACCCAGGCGGCGGUGCAGCUACCGUCGCUGAGGCCGCAGUUCACGUCGUGUGCGCCUGGCCGGUGUCUGGCCAGUACGGCCCAGGAUCCCGAGUCUUGUACUAUGUUCUUGUCGCUGCUUGCAUUCUGGGUCGCAAAGUCGAAUGGUUGCGCAACGCCUGCUUGGCUGUUGCUUUGGUCUUUCCAGCAGUCGCAGCACUCCAUAGCCUCGUGCUAGCAGCUGUGCAUGUCAAUGGUGCCGUCGAUAUGGACAUUUAUGGGGCCUUCCAGCUCUGUUCCAUUGGCAUCUUGGCUGCUCCCACCACCGUCAGGCUAUCCAAGACAUAUCAAGAUGCCCCGGGACGCAACACCAUCUUCCUGUGGACCGGUCUCGUCGUGGCAGGCCUGCUCAGCCUAAUUGUCGAGUUCUAUCGCGCCACCCCUUUGGCUUGUUCAAAGGAUGAUGCGGGCAAUCCUCUUUCCCCGAACGCAAAUGACUUUCCCUAUGAAAAGGCUACUUGCUCGCUCGUGUGCUCCGAAAAGGAAGGUCCCUUCUCCCCUAUGCGAGGCGGUGCUGCGUGUAACAUCUAUGUCAUUCCUGCCCCUGAACGCCUUACCUUCAACACUGCACUGAUCCUUGCUGCUGCAUGCUGUAUUCCUGCCAUUCUUUCUGUUGCAUUCACUUCCAUCCAGAUCCUUGAUAACAAUUGGAAGAAGAAGUCCGAAAACCAGCUGAUUCAGGAGAAUGAGCCCAUUGCGGGCACUAAUGGUGCCACCAUCAGCCAAAUGAAGGGCGUGAAUAAGAAGAUUCGAGAAUAUCAGAACUACAUCGAGGUUCCUGUAUUUGGGGCCGCCGUCCUCGCCAUCCUAGUUAUUGGUGAACUGAACUUCUUCAGUCCUCAGGUGAGAUAUGAGACGGAGCCGAUAGCAAGUAUUGGCCAGUGGGCGCCUAUUGCAGGUACUGUGCUCGCAGCCUUCGGCGCAGUAUAUCUCUACGUGGCUGGACAGCUAGAGACCUCAACCGCCGCACCAGACGGACCUGCAAGUGACCAUGAGGGCGACGGCGCAAAAACAUCAACGGAUAUGGGCGCCACAACCCCACGCCAUUUGCACAAGAAGAGCAUAACAAGAGUAGGCACGAUUGUCAACAACCUCAGCGAUGGCCUCAGCUCUAAGAUCCACACAAAUCUCAGCGACGGAGACUUCAAGCAGGGGAAGGCGCGUAAUUUCCCCUACGUUCCGGGCGAGCACAGGCGCAAUCCGAAUCUUCCCCAUAUUGAAGAAAUUUACAACCCACCCAGAGACCAAAACGGCGACAUCACCCCGGAAUUCGGGCCUCAGCGUUCCCGUGCAGGGAGCUUCAUCAGCGAGAACGCUGGACUGGGCUUGUCUAAUGUGGAAUCCAGUCCUGGUCCUCACAGCCCAAGCUCUCCUAUAUCACCAACAAGGCGCCUGACGCUUGAGGUGCCGUCACCGACGUUCAAAGGCCAUCCUCGGUGA